GAAACAAAACAAACCCGAAGCCUCCACGUGCGGACAAAGAGCAGCUGAUGUUUCCCGGUUUAACUCUUACACGCUGCGGGGUUUACACCGGACAGAUUAACGGGCUGUUUCCCGGUUUAACUCUUACACACUGCGGGGUUUACACCGGACAGAUUAACGGGCUGUUUCCCGGUAUAGAUGGACGAAGAAGUGACGGCCGGGUACACGGAGCCCUGCGCCCAGUGCUCAGCGGUGGCUUGGGGCGUAUCAGACGAGGGUCGUUUCUACUGCAGGUCCUGCCACAACGUCAUCGAGAGAACCAGAGAGGUGGUGGACCCUACCGUCACCGCCGGAUCCUCCAGGAUCUCCACCAUCGGCAGAGGGAGCAGAACCAAGAGGAGCGAGCGUGGGCGGCUGUGGAUGGUCUGUGAAGGUUUUCAGUUCAUCUUGAAGAAUCAAGCCGACGCUCUGCUGAGACUCGGAGUCCAAACACAAUUCAAGGACCAGGUGCUGUGUGAACUGUGGAGACUCUACCUGCAGAAGAGUGAUCAGGCCUUCACACACACACCAGUGUGGAGCUCCCAGUUUAAACUGAAAUGCCCGGGCUCGGACUCAGAAAGUGGCGCCGAGUCGCCCUACAUGACAACGAGUGAAACGGACGGAGAGAUGAACCUGCCCAGCACCGCCAGAUCAAACGCAGAGAGCCACAGUGAUUGGUCGGUGUGUUCGGGCUCGGUGGACGCCACCUCCUACUUGUCGACGCAGCUGAGGCGAGGCUGCGGUCUGAUGAGCAUGAAGAAGACUCUGGCCCUUAUCCACAUCGCCCUCACCUGGAGCCGUGAACCACUAAUGCUCAGCGACCUGCUCAGGUUGGUGAAGGAAGGUCACGUCCCAUACGUCAACGCUCACGAGGAACUUCCUGAAGAGAUGAAGCUGGAAGGCAAAGACUCGCUGAUCUUCAGAGUGGAGAGCAUCCCGUCUCACCGGGUGGUGCAUCAGGAAGCUCUUAAGCUCAUUCUGUUGCUCAAACUUCCUGCUUUUCCUCCAAUCAGCCGUCAGAGUCUGCUACACCCCGCCCUGCUCAGCCUGCGCUACCUGACGGAUGCUAAUCUGCCUGAUGAUCUUCACCCGUGGCUCUGCAGGCUGUUGGAGCGUGCUGACAUGGCAGAUCAAACACUCCACACUUUGGACCCUUCAUCUCGCUCCGUCCUGCCACGGUACGACGUGCAGACCGCGGCCUUGGUCAUCGUCACCAUGAAGCUGGUCUUUGGCCUGGACGACCACACGGAGUGGGAUUUAUCAAACGAGGCGGGCGAUCAAGACGACUCAGGAAGCGUGUUCAGCCUGAGGAGGUGGUUCAGACUUCUGCAGGCCGCUCUGAUCCGAGCUCAGGACAGGAGAGACCGAGACCUCGCCAGGAAACAGUGGAGGUCACAGAAACCUCUCCACAUGAACAGGAAGGAGAAAUACGUCAUGACCAAAAAGAGACGGAUAGCCGAGCAGCUGCAGCUCUGUUUCGAGAAGCUCUCCUCUCGCCCAACAGCUGCAGAGCCAGUCAGUCCGUCCAGCUUCAGGUUCUAUUGGGGGGGCAAAGACGGAGCUGAUGGUCCCAGCAUGCACCACAUGAAACUGGGUGGAGCUGUAACCCUGAAGAAUGACGUGCUGACCCCAUCUAACCUGACAUACUGGCAUCCAGCACUGAAACCCUGCAUCAGCAGGAACUGUAGGAGUCAUUACUUGGAGGUGGAGCCGACGCUGUCGCAGACGUUCAUCUGGCUGCUGAAGCUCUUCAGCUUCCUUCUGGACGUGACGCCGGGAUACCUGUACGACGAGGUGCAGAGCGUGGAGAGACGAGUCUUCAGCGACAAAUCACCUCUUAGGAGGAAGACCAGGACCAGAGCUGAGACCAGUUCAAGAGCUGAGACCAGGACCAGAGCUCGCCCCAGGAAACCACAGAGAGCACGAGAAACGAGAUGACAACAAACCUUCAGUGGAAAACUUUUUGUGUUUUCAGAACAUUAAAUAAACGUGUUUUUCUAUUGUUGCAUUGACA